AUGGCAAAGGGAUAUCUUCGUCUUUAUUUCUGGCUCCUUACACCCACUCUCAGUCGUUCCCAAAUACAAACAUUCGUGCCUCCCGGGCAAAACGGAGUCACCUACAGUGUGAACAUACCCGAAGCCACCGCAUCCACGGGCACCGGGCCGAUAUUCUUUCAAUUAAAGUCUACCACCCAACUUCAAUGGUUUGCAUUUGGCCAGGGCGCUCAAAUGCAAGGAGCAAAUCUUUUCAUCGUGUACGCAUCCAGCUCCGGCAAUAAUAUCACCGUCUCCCCAAGACUGGGCGUAGAGCACGUCAUGCCACUGCACAACCCCAAGGCCGAAUUAUCAGUCCUGAACGACAGCGGUAUAAGGAACGGGAUUAUGACAGCAAAUAUCCGCUGCGAUAGCUGCAUCACCUGGGCCGGCGGAAGUGAAGAUCUAACCAGCUCGUCAAGUCCAUGGGUCUGGGCAGUGAAAUAUGGAUCCCCACUCAACACGAACAAUCUAGCAACAGCCAUCACAAUCCAUGACCUGGAAGGGAUUGCAGCAAUAAACCUGAAAAAGGCCACGGGCGGCGCAUCCGAUAAUCCAUUCGCGAGUUCAAACUACAUGACGGGUUCAAGUUCAUCAUCAAUUUCAACCGUCAACACCGGCUCAGUCGAAAGUCGCAGAAAAGCCCACGCGAUAAUCAUGAUACUAGUAUUCGUAAUAUUCUUCCCCUCAUUCGCGCUGAUGCUUCGUAUCGUCCCAAGUUCGAAAAUCGUCUAUUUCCACGCUUGUUUUCAGCUGUUCACGCUUGCGUUGGCGAUCGCGGGGUUUGGAAUUGGGAUUUCGAUGGCGAGGAGUCUUGGUUUUAUACGUAUGUAUCAUCCGAUUAUUGGGAUGGUGACUGUUCCGAGUCUUGUCCUUUUCCAACCUGCCAUGGGAUUCAUUCAACAUAGGUAUUUUCAAAGGACUGGGGGGAAGAGUGCAUUUGCUUACUUGCAUCGGUGGGUUGGUCGGUGUCUUAUAGUUCUGGGAAUCAUCAAUGCUGGUCUGGGCUUUCGAUUGGCGGGUAUUGGGCUUCCGAUUGCGCCUGUUGGGGCGGUUAUUGCGUAUGCUGUCGUUGCUGGGCUUGUUGGGAUUUGUUAUAUCUUGACUAUUUUGCUUUUGAGUCUCAGAAAACGUAGAGUCUCCGAGUCCUCUAGCUCUUAG